CUUUACAAUAUCAUAUUAACCUAUAUUAACUUGUGAUUAAGAUGGCUCACAAGCAUGUCGCCACCCCGAUUGCGCUUAAGCCAUCGGUGCAGAUCUUCAGAUUCUCCCCAGAAUCAAUGGCCGCCGGGGACGUUUCCUUUGAGGCGUACAAGCAAGCUAAAACAUCUUCCAGAAAACGCAGCUUUUCGCCUUUGCUUCCCGCCGGACGGUCUCCGGACCUGUCGCCAAUCCAGCUCAACCGAACGUUCCGCGUUUCGCCCCGAAUGAACACUCCGCGACUUAACGACCACUCCAAGUCGGCCGAACGUCUUGGGAAAAUACCCUCGGUCAUGUCGGCCAAGGAGCGACGCCGGACCAUGUUUGUCAUACGGACACCACUGGCCAAGCGCCAACUGGAGCAUCGAAUAACGGUGAACAACAUCCUCAGCGAUCUGGACCUCGGCCAGUACAUCGGCACGUUCGUGGAGGAGGAAAUCGACUACGAGGUGUUUUUGACGCUUACGGAGCAGGAUCUGCGCAGCAUCGGGAUCGAGUGCGACGAAGAUAUUGAGAAGAUUCUCGCAAAAAUUGCCGAGCAUAAAAGUUAGUGAUAGCGUUUCAAUGCUGUGAUUUUAUUGUGUAUUUUUGACUGUUUGAUGUUUUGUGUGUUUUAAAAAGG